AUGAACAUCUACUCAUGGGGGAUACAACUUCAUUUGGCUAACGAAAGACUCAAUGUAGAGGAUUUUGAUCAAAGAUUUUACGAUCAACUUAAUGAAAAGUUGAGACGUACUGAAUAUCGCUCGCCAAUGUCCGCGUCUGAAGCAGCAAAGGUUUUUGAUGAACUGUGGAAACAGCAUGAAAACGAACACAAAAAGCGUUUACAAGCAACAAGAAAGAGAGACUUUGACGUUGAGUUGGAUGUUGUGAGAACAUUUAGAGACGCUAUAUCAAGAAACCAACAUAACCAGUUACUGCACGCUGUCGCUCUUGAGUUUAGUUCAUCUGAAUUGUCAAAAUCAACAGACUUUGUUACUAACAGCGACGAGAUAUGGCUUAGGGAGUAUUUCAAAAUAAAUCAUUCUCUUGUCCACAUGGCACAGAGAUGGGUAUAUUCAACAGAAGACAAAGGAUUAGCUAAAAGUCUCGCCGCAGUGCAGCAGCUGAAGAGUAAAGUGCACAAUCUACAGGAGAGACUCGUGAAGAAGAUUGAGUCACAAGAAGGUGGCGGGAAAUGCGACGCAACGAUUGCUACAGAUAUUGUUGUCUUGGCCACUGAGGAGGUUCUAAAGAUGGAGUCCGGUUUGCACACGUCUGAUAAGAGACUAAAGCUACAGCGAGUUCCAUUUAUUAACGAUCUUAUUGUUUAUUUGCAACAAGUAGCAUAUCGGGUAGUUUGCUCUGCUGAGAAUAAGCGCAUUUUAGAACAGGAAGAGGAGCUCGAACAAAAGAGAGCAAGUAGGAGAAAACACUUUAUUGACACAGCAAGUAACGAGGCUAACGAUGUAAAAUGCGCUGCAGCAUUUGCCGAAGAGUACAGUGAGCAACUGAAGUUAUGGGUAAAAAGCAAAGUGGGUGAAUUUGCAUCAGAAGUUAGUAAGAAAGUUUCUAAAGAAUUCCCGAGUCCAGAGAAGGCAGCAGAACGAGCGUAUUAUAGCUCCUUUAAGGUAAACAACUAUGACGGAGUGUUAGAAUAUUGCAUUGAUGUGAACGCGUAUCUGAAAAAGUUGUUUAUGCAAAUGUUUGAAGACUUCAAACAGGGGGCAAUAGACAAGAACAAGUACAAACUUAGAGACAGCAUUUCUGCCAUGUACGCGAUGUUGGAAGAUGCUGCAGAACGUUGGAAACAAAUCGGUCCAACUACGAGACAUGGUUUUAUUGAUGACUUUAAAAAUCAUCUGACAAAGCGUGCCAAGGACCCUUCUGAGGUUGGUGAUAGGGACUUGCUAGAGACUGCAUUUGCCCGGUUUCCACCAAUGAAUAACUUUCGUAUUACACGAAUUGACAUAUUUUGUGAACGGUUUAAGCGUAGGGUGAAUGAUCUGCUACAAAAAGUACUUGAUCAUUUGGACGGAAUGGUGACGACCAGCAUGAGUGAUCAACGUUCACGACUUUGGGCAACAGUAAAAGGAUGUCGAUCCAAGUGUCCACUUUGUGGUUCAAAAUGCUCACUCGUGUACGAGCACCAAGAUCAUUAUUGUGCUCAUCAUAUUUUUCCUGCUUUCCACGGAACCCGGGUGCGCGACUUGAAACACCCAGUGUUCGACAUGUGUCUUAGCACACGCAAUGCCAACCGUCGGUGGUAUAGAGGCAACGAUCGACCGCUGCCCAACCUUAAGGAGUAUCUUGAAUAUUACGAUGAUUAUCGACCAUGGAAGAAGUUUAUUGUUUCUAAUCCACAUCUAGAACAAGAGCCACCAGCAGAACAGAUUCAAGCGUGGGUUGUUUGCAGAAAACCUCUUUUGAAAUAUUGGGGUUUGGUGAACAAAACUCCUGAGGGUUGGCUACUGUUCGGUUAUAAUAACUCGUUGGAUCAAAACGAAUGUUACAAUGCAGAAGCUAGACUGAAGAAGUAUCGAGACAUUUAGAUGGCAACGUUAUAAGGAUAAUUUCAGAGGACACGAGCGCAUGAUAUGCAUAGUUCAUGCAGCGAUUGUUAGCUAGUCACAUGUUUUUAGUGAUGCUCUUGUUGCCUCUUAUCUUAGCUUUGAUGUUAUGGAAGCUUUCUGU